AUGACACAGGGUAGUUUCAAAGGAGACAGAGCCAGCCAAUGGCUUGAGGACAACACUGCCAUUGAAAGGGCCUCAAGGUGGCAUCUCUGUCCCCUCCCAGGUGGUGUGGUGGAGAUAGGUGCUCACUGGAUCCAUGGGCCCUCCCAGGGCAACCCAGUCUUCCAGCUGGCUGCCAAACACGGGCUGUUGGGGGAGAAGGCGUUGUCAGAGGAGAACCAGUUGAUGGAGACAGAAGGCCACGUGGACCUGCCCUCCGUGUCCUACACCAGCUCCGGGGGACGUGUGAGCCUUGAGCUGGUGGCUGAGAUGGGCAGCCUGUACUACAGCCUCAUAGACCAGUCCCGGGAGUUCCUGCACGCGGCCGAGGCCCCCGCGCCCAGUGUUGGGGAGUACCUCAAGAAGGAGAUCAGCCAGCGCGUGGCCGGCUGGACCGAGGCUGAGGAGACCCAGAAGCUCAAGCUGGCCAUUCUGAAUAACUUCUUCAACCUAGAGUGCUGUGUGAGUGGCACCCACAGCAUGGACCUGGUGGCCCUUGCACCCUUUGGGGAGUACACCAUGCUGCCUGGGUUGGACUGUACCUUUCCUGGGGGCUACCAAGGACUCACAAACUGCAUAGUGGCCUCCUUGCCCCAGGACGUGAUAAUUUUUAACAAGCCCGUGAAGACUAUUCACUGGAAUGGGUCCUUCAAAGAAGCUGGGUCUCCUGGCGAGACGUUUCCAGUGUUGGUGGAGUGUGAGGAUGGAGGCUGCUUCCCAGCACAUCACGUGGUCCUUACCGUGCCCUUAGGUUUUCUUAAAGAACGUCUGGACACCUUCUUCGAGCCGCCACUGCCAGCUGAGAAGGCAGAAGCGAUCAGGAAACUAGGCUUUGGGACCAACAAUAAGAUCUUUCUGGAGUUUGAGGAGCCCUUCUGGGAGCCGGGCUGCCAGCACAUCCAAGUGGUAUGGGAGGACACUUCCCCCUUGGAGGACGACAUUACCCCGCUGCAUGAUGCCUGGGUCAAGAAGCUGAUUGGUUUUUUGGUCCUGCCUGCCUUCGAGUCUUCCCAUGUCCUCUGCGGGUUCAUCGCUGGACUCGAGUCCGAGUUCAUGGAGACGCUGUCGGAUGAGGAGGUGCUUCUGUCUCUGACCCGCAUGCUUCGCCGGGCGACAGGGAAUCCACAGCUUCCUGCGCCCAAGAGUGUGCUGAGAUCUCGUUGGCGUAGCGCCCCGUACUCCAGGGGCUCCUAUAGUUACGUGGCCAUGGGCAGCACCGGGGACGACAUUGACCUGCUGGCUCAGCCCCUCCCUGUGGACAGAGGGAAGGCCCAGCUCCAGAUACUGUUUGCAGGAGAAGCCACACAUCGGACGUUUUACUCAACCACACACGGGGCUCUGCUGUCUGGCUGGAGGGAAGCCGACCGACUCAUCGCUCUGCAGGACCCCCAGGCACAGCUACAGGGGUCCAGGGUCUGAGCCAGCCCGCUCUGCCCUUGCCGGGGGAGGCUGCCACCAUCCUUUCCUCUGUUCAGCCUGGCUGGAGACUUGGGAUGUAUUGUAACAGGGCAUAAUGUUCUAAAUCUUAUUUUUUAAAUACAUGAAGAUUCUUUUA